UAAGGUCAAAGGUUAAAGGUCCUUUGACCCUUCAUCGCAUCAAGAGAUCAGAGAUAGAUAUAUAUAUAUAUAUAUAUACGUACGUACGUACUUAUAGUACAGUACAGAUCGAUCCAACACACACACACAGAGAAUGAGUAAUCAAUGGGUGCCUGGCUCCAACCCUCAGCAGUGGGGCAUGCCUCCACCUGUAACUGCCUCUGUGAACCAACCCAACCAGGGGUGGGGUGAGUGGCAGUCUAUGCAGCAAGCCUCUGCCAUGCAUCAGCAACAAUUUCCACCCGGCCAGCCGACUGGGUACCAUAGUAACCAGGUGUACAGGCCCCCACAGCAGCCAAUGAACCAAGCUACUUAUAUUCAGGAGCAGCUGGCCAAAGCAAGGGAGGAACAAAGAGUGAGAGAAAUGGAGCUACAGAAACGAAGGAUGCGAUCAAUGAAUGUUGCCGAAGCUAAACCACCCACCUCUAUUGAUAGUCUCAUUGGCUUGUCCGAUAUGUCCCCCUCUACCAAAAGGCGUCCACCAACCCAGCAGAGACCACCCCCCACCAACACUGCACCUCAGGUCGCACAGGUCAAGCCACGUGCAUGGACUAUGGACACAGCAAACUUUCAAGGCGUAUUCAGUGUGCCUCAAGAGAUGGGAGAUGACAGUUUUGGAGAGUUUCAGGGUCUGCCCCCUCCAUCUCAGCCAUCUGGAAUGGGUGUGGUUCCGACCAGCUCGUAUACACGUCCUAUUCCCUCAGUGAGUGGCGGUUCUCCUGUGAUUGGUGAGAGGUACCGUUCCACCAGCUCACCACACCUCCCCAGAGUGCAUCCGCAGCCAGUCAGUUCCACUGGUCUGAUCCCCUCUGCCUUCCCCCCACUCUAUAUGGAGGUGUACAAUACCUGCCUCGUGGAUGGAUCCUUAAGCACAGAGCUCCUGUUCCCAGUGCUAAUGUCCAGUCACCUUCCCAAGAUUCUCCUGGGGAAGCUGUGGCAGCAGGUCAAUAGAGAGACACCGGGAAAACUCUCACAGACUGAGCUGUUUGUGCUACUGGGUCUUAUUGGGCUCAUACAAGCUGGUUGUCCCAACCCAACAUUUACUGACUUACAAAAUGCACCAGCUCCUCCUGUACCUGUGAUGGACAAAAUGAGAAAGGCCCCUCUUCCUCAACCAACAACCACCCACAAUGAUUUUGAAAGCUUUCAACAAGGGUUCUCUGUUCCAACAAUGCGCACUGGUAUUCCAUCCUCCAGUGGUAUCUCUAGUCAGUCUUCGAAAUCGUCGUUUGAUACCUCCAAAUUAGUUUCAUCUCUGAGUACCUCCACCCUCUCCCCUCUGGUGAAUACUUCACUUUUAGACUCAGUAGCACAGCAAAAUGACAAGUGCAGACCUAUUAAGACAAGUGCUGAAGUUCCUAGUAGCGAAUUUGGAGAGUUCAAAACUGCCACUACCUCUGCGGGAGUCUUUACUGCUCUCAAGACAAGCACUGCCGUUCCAACUAUCUCAAAUAGCAAAUUCGGAGAGUUCCAAACUGCCACUACCUCUGCAGACAAGUAUGAAGUCUUUGAUGUUCUCAAGACAAGCGCUGAAGUUCCAGUUAUAUCAAAUAGCGAAUUUGGAGAGUUCAAAACUGCUACUACAGCAGACAAGUAUGGAGUCUUUGAUGUUCUCAAGACAAGCACUGAAGUUCCAGUUAUAUCAAAUAGCGAAUUCGGAGAGUUCAAAACUGCCACUACCUCUGCAGACAAGUAUGGAGUCUUUGAUGUUCUCAAGACAAGCACCGAAGUUCCAGUUAUUUCAGAUAAAACUGUAGGCUUUGGAGAAUUUAAUUCAGGCAAUUCGCAGCCAGUUAUUUCUAGAGUACUGACAACAAGUAUUGCUACACCGUCUACUUCAACAUUAAGUGGUUUUGGUACCUACCCAUCCUCUGGAAAUCCCUUAGGGGAACUCGAUACAUUGGUAACGAGCAAAGAACACACUGUCAAUGCUGAGUUUGGUUCGUUUGUGUCUGUAAGCAUGUCGACAAGUUUUGCUAACUUCAACACCUCUUCAUCAAAUACUGAAGGUUGGGCCAACUUUACCCAAGCCCACCCACCCCCUACUACCACCCUCUCUCCUUUGGACGGCCUACCCACCCUUCCGCAAUCGUCACCCGCAGUCAGCUCUGCUCCUGUAGUAGCGGUUCAUUUCGAACCCUCCGCUGCCAUGUUGGACUUAGUGAAACCUGAGACAGAGACAAAACAGAUGAAAUCACUCACUGGACUUGAGAUUUUAGAUGCAGAGAUGGAAGCCCGUCUUUUAGCAAAAGACACCUUUACUCGAUCAUUGGAGGACAAGCUGUUAGUUCCUGAGAAUUUGGACAAUUUUGGUGUCUUUGAGGCGUUUGGUGGGGUACAGGUAAACAGCGUGCCUAGUCAGGAGAGUGUCACUGAGUCUGAAAAACUGACCUCUGAUCCAUGUGAGGUGUGGAGAAAGUGCCUGUACAAGUGUGGAGAAGUGCUGGAGGCGUGUGUGGAUGUCAUUGGGGGUGUCGAGGAAGCAGGGCUGAAGGAGGAGAUUGCUGGGUCAGAGGAGGGCAGGAACAAGCUCAGAGGUAUUGCGGAGGUCUACCGACUGUCUAGAAGAGUGUACUCAUACCUCAAGGGAAAGGAACCAGGUGCUGAAAAUGCUGAGUACACUAGAUCCGUUCAAGCUCACUGGGCCUCCCUCAUAGCACUGCUGCCCAACAAUGUUAUGGAGGAGCUGUACUCUGAAACAACACCCACUGAGGAAGGAGUAACUGACGUCAGCGAUGUACUCUCAGACUCAAUUUCCAAGUGCUCUCUUUGUUUGGCUGGCAAGAGUGUUAACAUCGCAGCUAGGAACUCGUUAGAUAGAAAAGUGGAAGAUUAUCCCCUAACGUUGUUGUUCCACAAUGGACAGACUUAUCAUGCUAGCUGUGCUAACUUUUGGAUUAAUGUUGUGCAAGAAGAACUCCCUGUAGUGGCUUGAUUUUUUGUUUUGUGAAUGUUUUUAGAACAACAUUUUGAUACUAUAAAUUAAUAUUUGUUGCCCAGUGAGUGGGCAGAUCAAA